AUUAAAAAUAGACCCAAAUAGGGGCUUUGUCAGGGUUUUAGCCCCGAAGCUGUUAUUUUUGUUUUUUCAUUUACAAUUUUGGAGAAAAAGUUAUUACUAUUUUUAUUUUUAUAGAUUUGGAAAUCCUGAUGCUUCACCGUCCGAUGCCGGCGAUCCUCCCGCCAACAGUUUGUCGCUGGAAUAGCCUAUUAAUUUUGCAGCCAAAUGCAACAAAUUGACAAUUUUGGAACACCAAAAUCCGGAUCCACAUCACAUAUUAUCACUGUGAAAACCGGAGAGGACGUGGCAACAAAUAUAAAGUCAUUUACUCAGAAUUGUUCAGGGCUUGUUUGUAUCCUGUCAGCGACUGGUGCAUUAUCAAAUGUGUCUCUAAGGCGAGUUGGCGUGCCCGGAGGAGCUGCGACCUAUGAGGGACUGUUUGACAUUUUGUCUCUAUCUGGUUCAUUUCUGCCAUCUGAAAUUGGCGGUCCACAAGGUGGAGUUAGUGUAUUAUUAGCUGGACGUGAUGGAAGAGUUUUAGGUGGUGCCGUGGCGGGUGUUCUAAUUUCUGCAUCACCGGUCCAGGUUAUUGUAAGUACUAUCACUCCACCUGCUACUCCGUUGAAUCCCAAUCUUGGUAGUGCGACAAGGGGCAACAGCCCACCAUCACGUGGCACGUAUAGUGGGUUGUCCAGUUUGCUACCCAGUCACCCUAAAUCAAAGCGGUCCAUCAGGCACGAAGUAUAACGUGGAAGGAAACUCAAAGCUUGCCGUGGGAAUGAGUUUUUUCCGCUCUUUCUGACAGAUUGACUCCUCGUCGACUAUUCACGAGGAAGACUCCUGAGGGGAUUGUUGUACUUACAAUUUACAUUGUUGUAAUUCUAGUUUUGCAAACAAGGACCAUAGGCCUUUUUUCUUUUUACCUAAGCGUUUAAAAAGAACUGGUUAGAAUGCCAAUUUUGCUGAUGCUUUGCAUUUUGUCUUGUUAAUUUAGCUUUUUGUGUUUUUU